AUGCCCUACGCCUCCACUCCCCACGUCUCAAUAUCUCACGUCCAUCGCCCCAAUCGUCCACUUCGACGCCUUCACGCCCGCUACCUACACCUCCUAACCCAAAGUCUCCACACCCCGGGCCCCACGCCUAUACACCAGCACGACUCAAGGCCCUACGCCUCCACGUCCAACCCCGCCACGCUCCAUGACUGCAGGCCCACGUCUCGAUGUCGUCUUCGUUAUCCACGCAUCACGUCUCUACGCUCCGAUCUUUCGCACUCCUCGUCUGCACGCCUCCACGCUCUAUAUCUCACACCCCACGUCUCCACGCACACUCCUCCAAGCCCGCGCACAACGAAACACGUGUCCACGUCUCUCGCCUUCAUGCCCCACGCCUUCAUGCCCAAGUCCUCCACGCCUCUCGCCUAUCCGUCUCCAAGCCACAUGCCCCCUGCCGCACGCACCACGCCUCGACAUCUCCAUGCCUCCACGCACCACUCCAACGCCUCCACGCCCGUUCUCUUCAUUCCUCAUCUCAACUCCUCACCCCUCCCAGCCUCCAUACCUCACGCCUCCUCAUCCCCGUCCUCGCAUCCCCUUGCCUCUCCUGUUACAGCGCUCGUGUACUCCGUGGCGGUGGCCGGGGCCGCCGCCGUCUUCCUGGCGCUGGCGCUCACCCUGGCCUGCGUCGCCUACAAGCACGUACGCGUGGCGGCCGACCUCAACAACAUGGCAUGGCGCGUGCGUGCGGACGAAGUGCUGGCUGAACCCGGCCGGCCGUUUUCCUCGCGGCUGGGAUUGCAACGCGCAGCAGAGGGCGGGCGAGGCGGCGCGGCCGGCGGCGGCGGCGGCGCCAACGGCGGCGGCGUGGGCGGCGGCGGCGGAGGCGGAGGCGACGUGUGCGGGGGCGGGGCCGCCGACGCGGACAAGACGAGCAGGCGGGGGUCAUUCCUGUCCUGCGACACGCUGCUGCCCGCGCACGUGUACACCGCCGUCGGCAUCUACAAGGAAACACGUGUUGCGAUAAAGAAAGUAACAAUCAAGAAAAAACUGGAUAUCAACAAGAAGCUUCUGUGGGAGAUAAAGCAGGUGCGGGACGUGACGCACGAGAACACGGUGCGCUUCAUCGGCGCGUGCAUCGACACGUCCGACAUCCUCAUCCUGACGGAGUACUGCCCCAAGGGCAGCUUGCGCGACGUGCUCGAGAAUGACGAGUUGGAGCUGGACUGGAACUUCCGCAUGUCACUCAUCCACGACGUCGUCAAGGUAUGCGAUGCAACUGCUCGCUCGGCGUGGCUGGUGACUUUGUGUGACGUGGAUGGUUGACGACUUUUUCUCGC